AUGGCGGCGGUCGCCGCGGGACCCGGUGAGAGGGCUGGAGCCGACCUACCGGGCGCCCGCCCCGGCGCGGAUAGCGGGAACGUCUCCCAGAGCCACAGCAGCGCUUCCGGCCUCGGGGAUCCGGACGACGAGGAGGCCUCGGAGGAGUCGCUCAGCGCCACCGCCGCCGCCUAUUCCGCGUACCUGCUCGCCGACCGCAGCCUCUUCAGCGAGCAGAUAGAAAGCUUAGACAAGAGUCUAGAAGAUUUGCUGACCAGAGUGGAUGAAUUUGUGGGAAUGCUGGACAUGAUUCGAAGUGAUUCCUCUCAAGUUGUCAAUGAAAGUAUACCUCAAAUUUACACAAAAGCUACAGAAAUGAGACAGAUAUACAGGAAGAUUGAUAAACUAGAGGCUUUUGUGAAGAUGAUUGGAAAUAGCGUAGCUGGACUGGAAGAACGGGUCAUAAAGGCAGAAACAGACCUUGGAGCUUUUCCGAGCACAUUCAAGAAAAUCUUGCACACGAUCAGCAUACCAUCCUUCCUUAAUAAAUCGUCUUCCUCACGACAACAACAGACCCUCUAUGAACCUCCGGUCCUCUUCAAGACUGAAGACUAUUUUCCAUGUCUUAAUGAAGCACCUCAUUGAUGAUUUUUGCUUUGGGAUUGAUAUGAAUCAGCCAGAAUAGAGACAGCCAGGUGAACAAAAGAAAUGCUAACCUCAAAAUAGCUGCAUUUCUGAGCAUUAUUGAUGGCAUAUUGCCAUUCUGAUUCUCAUUGUCUUCCUUCAGGCAGUAUUUUCAGGUAAUCUGUGCUUGUGUACAUUAUUUCAAAAGUCUUCCUAAAACAGUAUAAACUUUCAGAUUAUAUUGGGGAAGGAAGUUAAGAAUACUUGUGCAUUAGAUUUUUUUUUUUAAUAGGGAAAUAAUAGGAAACAUACUUUUAUAUAAAAAUCUUUUAACGCAUAAAUAUCUAUGCUGCUGCAAGUGUAAAUAGCUAUACCACAAGGAUGUCUUCCCCCCCACCCCCCCCCCUUAAUGUACUGACUGAGGUGAAAGAAAAACUAUGCCUAAAAUCAUCUACUCCAAGUUUUGGAACCUGGUCCCUGCAGUUUGUACAGAGAAAUGCACCACGUUGGGAUGUACAAGUUGCAAGAGGAAGACUUGGAAGAUCAGCGAGGAGUCAAGGAGAUGGCUCGAUGCACGUGAUCUAGUUCCAGUUCACAAAGCAAACAUCCUGCCCCCACUGAUGAUCGUCAGGUCACAGUGACCUGAGCUUCUAAUUAUUGCAGCAUUGUAUUGUUUGAUGUGUAACCAGGUGGGCAUGAUAUAUAUGUAACCUGCUGUCAAAAAGAAAAAGUAUCUAAGUUGAGGCAGGGACGUCCCUGGACUGAGCCUCGAUCAGGCGCCUGACCAGACUGUCCGCUUUUCCCUUGCAACCCUCUGUGCAGUUACUGGGGCUCCCUGCGCUGAUUGCAGUGUGAGUAUAUUAUGAAUAAACUAACAGCU